AUGAGGUUAGAAAAUGGUAAAAAGCAGUGUUAUAUGGGUCAUAGACACUUUCUUCCUCUUAAUCACAAAUGGAGAAAUGAUAAACAGUCAUUUGAUGGCACUAAGGAGCGAAGACUACCACCCAAUAUUUUAUCGGGUGAGGAUAUACUUGAUCAAGUGGCUGACUUAGAUGGUUUACCACUAACAAAGGAUCCAAAGAAGAAGCCUAAAAUAUCACAUGAGAGUAGGGGUGAUAAUUGGAAUAAGAAGAGUAUUUUCUUUGAUCUUUCCUAUUGGAAAACUCUAUUGUUGCGACAUAAUUUAGAUGUGAUGCAUAUUGAGAAAAAUGUAUGUGAAAAUAUUUUGGGGACAAUCUUAAAUGUCAAAGGAAAAACUAAAGAUACCAUAAAAGCUCGAUUGGAUUUGCAAGCAAAGAACAUAAGGAAAGAAUUGCAUCCAAUUAAAAAUGGGGAAAAAUAUGAGCUACCGACAACAUAUUAUACGUUAUCUCCUUACGAGAAGAACAUAUUUUUAAGAUUCCUAAAGAACUUAAAGGUUCCAGAUGGAUAUUCAUCAAAUAUAUCUCAAUGUGUCAACACUGAAGAUUGUAAAAUUUCAGGCAUAAAAAGUCAUGAUUGUCAUGUUCUUCUACAACAUUUACUUCUACUUGCUAUACGUGGUAUGCUUUGCAAAUCUGUAUGUGAACCUCUUCUUGAGUUGUCUUUAUUUUUCAACUUGCUUGGAGCAAAAUAUUUAAGAAUGGAAGAGUUAGAACAAAGAACAGCUCAAAUUCCUAUAACUCUGUGCAAGUUAGAAAAGGUAUUCCCUCCUUCAUUUUUUGAUGUGAUGGUGCACUUGCCGAUCCAUUUAGCUAAUGAGACUAUGAUUGCUGGAACUAUUCAAUAUAGAUGGAUGUAUCCAGUGGAGCGAUGGCUAUACAUUUUGAAAUCUUUAGUUGGUAAUAGGGCUUUCUCAAAAGGUUCUAUCGCGGAGGGAUAUUUGGCAACUGAAUGUUUAACUUUAUGUUCAAGGUAUUUGCAUACAAUGGAAACAAAAUUUAAUCGUCUUGAGCAGAAUUAUGAUGGUGGUAUUAUUAAAUCUGAUGGAGGUGAUACCUCUCAAAAACAUUCUAAUAAGGAGUUCAUUAGCUGGUUUAAAAAAAAGGUUGUAGAAUUGUACAAAUGUGAUAACAGUAAGAAAAUGGAAGAUUUGCUCACUUUGUCACGUGGUCCCCUGCCAUAUGUGAGACGUCUUAAAGGUUAUGUUACUGAUGGAUAUAGGUUUCAUGUGGAAGAUUAUGACAGGGGUUUGAGGACUCAAAACUACGGGGUGAUUGUAGUUGGUGAGACAGAUGACGAGAAUAAAAAUAUUGAUUAUUAUGGAGAACUUACUGUGAUUUUUGAAUUGCAAUUUAUUGGAGGCAAAAGAGUGAUCUUGUUUAGAUGUAUGUGGUUUGAUCUGUAUGACCAAGAAAAGAGAGUUAAAAUGGAUGAAUAUGGCUUUGUGAGUGUUAGCUGUCAGCGGUUACUGAAAACUAAUGAGCCAUUUGUAUUAGCAAACCAAGCAUUACAAGUAUUUUAUGUCGACGAUCCUUCAAAUAAAGGCUGGCAUGUUGCAAGAAAAGUUCUACCUCAUGAUACUUUUGACAUUUUACAAGAAAAGGAUGAUGAUUUGGAGAAUUUGGAUAAUUCUACACAAAUGAAAAGGAAAAGAACUGAUGAAGUUUUUUGA